CUCACCCCCUUGCCCCUCGCCAAUCGCCGACAAAUGGAAAUGGCCGAUCAGUAUCGGGCAGCAUCGGUUUACCCAUUAAAUACAUAAUCCUCGUGUUUCCACGCGAGUACAUUAACGAUUACAUUAAAGAUAAAGCCGUCUUGCUCGAUCAUCGCAUGCUGAACCGCUGAACUAAAAUUCGAGAUUCUAAUUUUUUCGCGAGUCACGAAAUAUCAACAUUUCGAGUUUGUGCUUCGACCUGUGCUUGUCUCGUGUGGGUUUUCGUUCCUACCACUGGAAUCUACGGUUGAAAUUUCCUCGUUAAUGAAUCAUGAAAUAUUGUUGUGUCAUUGUUGAUAUUUCAACGGAGUAAAACUUCUCAUAUGAGAAUUGAGAAACCUUUUAUUUGCAUUCGUAGUUUUUGUUUUUCAUCCAAAUUCUAACAUGGCUGCUGCAGCCGCUGCCGCUUUGCUUGACGAACUCAUGGGAAGGAACAGAAAUGUUCUUCCAAACGAAAAGCCUAAAGAACUCAAUUGGGAAGAUCCUGAGUUCUGCAAACUCUAUCUUGUCAAGUUCUGUCCUCACGAUCUCUUUGUUAACACUCGAGCCGACCUUGGAGCAUGUUCGAGGGUUCACGAUGACGAGGCGAGGGAACUUUUUGAAAAAGCUAGCUAUUCAUACAGAAAACAACAAUAUGAGGAUGAAUUUAUCAGAUUUUGCCAAGGCAUGCUUAAUGAAGUUGAGAGAAAAAUUAUCAAAGGGAAACAGAGAUUGGCGCUCAUUGGACGAACAGAGGCUCCAACUCUUACACCAGCACAAACUCAAAGAAACGAGGAACAAAUAGCUCUACUUACAGAAAAAAUAAACAAGCUUGUAGAGGAGGCAGAGCAGAGUGGAAUACAGGGCAAUGUUGAGCAAGCUCAGGGUCUCAUGAGAUUGUGCGAUCAACUCAAGGAAGAACGGGAAACUCUGCGAAAGUCGAACGACAACAGUCACUAUAAUCAGACUGCUGAGUUGGCAGCCGCACAAGAAAAACAGAUGGAAGUUUGUGACGUCUGUGGAGCGUUCCUCAUAGUCGGGGAUGCUCAACAACGAAUUGAUGACCAUCUUAUGGGGAAACAGCACGUAGGAUACGCUAGACUAAAAAGUGCUUUACAAGAAAUUAUGGACAAACGCGAGCGUGUAAGAGACGAAAAAGAGCAAAAGCGGGACGAGGACAGAAAGCAACGUGCUCGAGCGAAUGAAGAAAUGGAGAGGAAGCGCCGAGAAGGAGACAGAGAAAGAGACAGAGACCGGGAUAAUAGGGAAAGGGAUCGUGAUAGGGGUGAUAGAGAAAAGCGACGUCGGCGUCCUGAUGAAGAUAAGAGUCGUCACGAUGGCAUUGGACAUAGAAACUUCGGGCAUCAGAGCAGAAGUAAAUCUCGCGAACGGCAUGAACGUCACCGAGAAGAAGAGAACCAUAGACGUCAUAAUCGAGAUAAAGGAAAUCGUGAUCAUCGAAAUUCGAGUAGUCACAAUCGUCGCCGGCACCGUUCUCGAAGUCGAAGUCACAAGUAACUACUCUUGAUUGGUUAGUGAGUGAGAAGUGAGCCAGGUAUGCACUAAUCAAUUAAAUUUUUACAUCUCAAUAACUACUGUACAGGUACAAAAUAAUUCAGGUGAGUUAAGUUAGAAAAUGACCAAAAAAUUUACGUGUAAUGAGUGCUCAACAGAGGACAAUGAAACCUACGAAUAAAAGAGAUCGGUAAACUUGCCGAUCACUAUAAAAAAAGAAAAAAAGGAAAAGAGAAUGAAAAAUAAAAAUGACCGAACAUACAGGAACAAAAUCGGAUGAAGAAACAUUUCAUCGUCGUAACUUUUUUUCAAUUUCUUUCGGGGCAUAAAAUACCAAUUUUAUUUUCAUUUUUGAAGCGUAAAAAAAUGGAAACUUUCGAACAACCGUGAUAAUAAAAAAUCGCGUGAUACGAAAAUUGAGGAAAAACCGGGCUGUGUAAUUUCCAUGAUAAACGGAUAAAUAUCUAUAAUUAGUUCUAUUAAAUUGAAAAUAGCAGAGCAAGUUGGGAGAAGGUAUACCUGUACUUGCUUUGGAUUUAAAAUAUAUUGUAAUGUGAGCUUCGUAACAGGUUUUCAAAGCGGCGAUUUGUGUUAAAUACAAACGAAAAACAAAAAAAAAUACGAAACCAACGAAUUGAGUGCAAAGAUAUUAUUUUCUUUUUUUCUCUAUUUUCUAUAAUUUUUUUCGCAAAGAAAAAUUAGUGGUUUAGUGGAGGAAAUCAGUGCCUAUUGCCGGUAGAGCCGCCACGACAGUGCCCUGUGUGACUGUGACUAUACAUUCGUAACUUCCGCCACGCAUUGAUGAGGUAUUUAUGUCGGAAUGAUAAUACCAAACAUGUCUUUUUAAAUAGCGAAAAUCGGUGGUGUUAUUUAUUAUAUUAUUGCCAUGCGAAAAGACCUGGACGAGAACCACCUUCUAUACUCUAAUAUAUUUAUUGUACCUAGCUAUUCAUUUAUCCACAUCUAUUCAAAGAGAAAAACUUCUGAAAUAAUCAACGCCGGGCUUAUCAAUUUUCGUUUUAAAAUGUGAUCAAUGAUAUUUUCAAUUUAGAACAACUCCACGAAUGUUCUAAUAACCUUAAAAAUUAUCCAUCUUCUAACCUUGGUAAAUAUAAAAAUCUGAUAUUACUUCCGCGUGAAGUCUCCGUCUCUUUUCAUGCAGAAUUUCUUUAAUUUUUAUUUUCGCGAUUAAAUAAAAAAUAGAUCAUCUCACAAAAACAAAUUUAUUUAACUAAGAUUAUUGUAGAUAGCACAAAAUAAAUCAAAUUCCAACGCGGUUCCGACGAUAGAUAUUUUUGAAGUAGGAAAAUGUGCUUAAAAUGAUUGCUACGGAAAUAUUUGAAAACUCAAUUCUUUGAAUAAUCGGUUUGAAAAGAUAAAAUAAGAAUUCAACUUUUGCAUUAUCUACACAUUUUUUCUUGACAUGUGUGAUAUCGAACAUGUGAAAUAAACAAAAAGCCCAAAUCGAUAAUCUUGGGAACGCAGUUCCCGUUGGCGAUCGUCGAUUAACUUUUUCUUACUCAACGAUCGUGACCAUUUUUUUGUUUUACGUCUUAUGCAUAAUACGGAUUCUAAAAUGAAAUACUAAAAAUGAAUCGGAGAUAUUGUUUGGCGAUAAGAGCACUUCUGGCAGAGGCAAAUGAGGGAAAACGUUAAAGAAAUCAAGAAAAAAAAACAUAUAAUAUGACAGCAACAAAAUAAAUCAGUAAUUCAUUCAUGUCUGACGCGUUCCAACUUUUUUGAAAUGUUGAUUGUCUAUUUUCAGAAUUUUCAAGAGUCGGGGAAGGAAAAUUGCGAGAGCGGUAGAGCACACACGAACACGAGCACCCAGCUUAAUGUAUUGUUUAAGGUAAAAAUUUUGCAUCAUCUCUCAAAAAUGUCGGACAAGACGAACGUGAUUUUAUCCCGUGAUGUUGGACCAGUAGAGAAAUAAAAACAUUCAUAUGAA